CGCUCCACAGUUGACUUGACAGCCUCUUUUCUAUCUGACGCCUCUUGUAACGGCAGGACAGAACACAUCCCACCCAGUCAGUUGGAAGACUUCUGAAACGUUGAUAUACUAAUCAGUGUACCUCAUUAGGUUUGGCACCACGGAGGACGGAAUUAAAUGAUUCUCAUAAACUACAUUCACUGCUAAACGGAUUCAUCUACAGGGAGACAGUCUGCCAGUAAGAUGAGGUCACUACAGCACCGACCCUGAAUCUUCAACAGGACUAGUCUGGGUAGUUGAUAAGAAACCUGGAUGAAUAAUCCAACGUGAGACUUGGUGCCACUCCUGUAGACUAAGAUGUGUGUCUCUGCUCUGACUUGGCUGAUGCUGAUAUGUUUGUGGACGGUGAUUGUCAGGAUACAAGGUGCGGUUUUCACCGUUUCCAGCCUGACCGCAAUGGCCGGCGAACCCGUAACGCUGGGCUGUAAUGUCACCACAGCAACAGGAGAGGAGGUCAAGCAGGUCCGCUGGAUGGAUGAACACGGCCAGAAGCUCCUAACGUACCUGACGGUCGAGCCGGUCGUACCCAGUUUUAAUCGUGACGAUGUGGAAUUGUCGUCUUUAUCGCGCAGCCACGUCAGUUUAAUCAUCAUCAAGAUGGCGGAGUCUAGACACAAGGGCUGCUACCGCUGCGUCUUUGACAUCUAUCCCAGUGGAGCGCAGGAGGGGAAAACGUGCCUGAGGAUUGAAGGGAAAGUGAGCAACGAGGGAAAUAGAACAGCGGUGAGUGGGAAGCCCAUCACCCUGUCCUGCUGGUACAGCCUCCCAGACAGGGUGCACCAGGUACUUUGGAGGAAGACAGCCGAGCAAGGCGACACAAGCAAAGUCGCCUCCUUAGCCAAGAAAGACAAUCCCAGCGUUGAGGAGCCUUAUCGGGAUCGCGCCACAUUGAGCCUCUCCCUGGGAAACACCCAGCUCUCCAUCCGACCGGUGAGGACGGAGGAUGAGGGCUGCUACACCUGCGAGUUCCACACCUACCCAGAUGGCACUAGGAGCGCCACGGCCUGCCUCUUUGUCUAUGUGCUACCCGAGCCAGCGAUCACCUACGUGACCUCCGACGGGGUCGUCGAAGCUAACUGCACGGCCACGUCCCGUCCGCCAGCCCAGAUGGUGUGGAACGUGGAGGGGGACAACCGGACGCUGGGCCCGUCCGUGUCCUCGUCAUACAGCCGGGGAGACGGCACCACCCUGGUCACCAGCACUCUCCUCCUACAGGAAGGGCUGCUCCACGACACGCCAGUCAAAUGUGUAGUACACCACCAGGGCCUGGACUCGCCAAUUUCCGUCAACCUCAAGCUCAGCGUUGGAUCAGCCCUCACUACUCUCAUCUCGUUAUCCUGCUUGGCAGCGCUACUCAUCUGCACUCUGUGUGUGUGCUUCUGCAAGUGCUUCCUGUGCCGAGAUGAUUGAACUCUGACCUGGAACCGUGGAAAAGGGCUGCGUUCUGGCCCUCUGGUUUGACCAGGCGCUCGGCACCAUAUGCUCCAUGUCUGUGAGAAGGGACAACGUGCUUCAGUAUUUCAGGGACGGAUCAUUAAUAAUUGUUGUGCAGACCCCAAUGAAACCACUGAAAUGGAUAUACACUUUCUUCCCACCAGUGACAAACACAUGAACAAGACUUAGGCCAUGUUUCUAGGCCACAGACACCAAUGAAAAUAUGCCAUUGAAGCUUAAUGGUUCUAGCCUGGUCCCUGAUCUGUUUGUAAUGUCUCACCGACACCUAGGGUUUUUGCCAUGCCAAUGGCACAAACAGGUCAGAGAUCAGCUAGUAAUCAGCCCAUGAAAAAGAAAAGUCUAUGAUAAGGCCUGAUAACUAAGUGCUUUGGAGAUUAUUUCUGUGUAUGUAUAUACACAGGCAUUUUUAUGCUUUAGGUUGACCAAGACAGUUGGGAAAGUUAAAGAAGAGGGUGUUGCGGUCAGAACAGGUUUAACCCACGCUGCAGUGGUAUAUGUCAUGUAUCUGUACUGUUCCACCAUGUUAAGUGCUUCGUUCUUUGAAUUAGAAUGGCUGCUCUGUCUAGGACAUCAGAGCAAAGGACAAACGUUUUGGACCCUCUGAAAACUGUCUAGUAUCGACCUCUGGUGGUCAUCAGUGGUCACAAGUCCUUCAUGCUAGAAUCUGUUGUGGGGAAAAACCAUCAUGCCGCUCAUUUUGUAAAGCGCAUUUCAAAUAUCUUUAUUCUAUUAAUAUAAAACACUUAUGUUGAAUGAGAGUGAUAUGAUUAACAUGUUGUUUCAGCUGUAUGACAAAGCUGAUUUAUUUUAUUGCUCAUGCUCUACAUUUAAUGUGGUACAAUUUACAACACAACAGCCUCUGUUUAUUAGCAAUUGUAUUUUUGCCACUUUUUAUGACAUCACUAAAAUAAACCCUACUGGCCUAA